UAGGAGGAUCGGUUGAAGUAAGUGAAUGUAGCACUGCACAACGAGUAGAAAUGAAAGUCGGUGCUCUUCUCGCCUUGGAAGAUCAACCUUCAACCCUCAGACUCCCAACUUUGCCCUUGACACUGACAGCCUUCCGUUAUCUUAAGUUGAGAUCGAUUAGGAUCAGUCUUGCAUGAUUGAUGCAAAAGCAACUACAACUACUCACUUGAUGGCCACGUAGCAAUUGACUGCGACUUCAUAUUGAUUGUCAGAGGCUCAUGUAAUCAUCCCAGCUAACACCCCUUCUCCUCUCAUUUAAAUUAUAGGAAGAAAGAAAAAGUAGAGAGUUUUCCUAAGAAGGAAUUUCUUAUAAAACUCAACACAAAGUUUUUUCUCCAAAACAAUCAAAAAAAUGCAACGCUUUUAGUCCGGAAGGACAGCAACAAGAACAGCAACAACUACAACUACAACUACAAUCUAGUCGGGAAGGAUACAGCAACAGCGUCCAGUUGAGAAGGACAGGACAACAACAACAGCAACAUCUUCGAUCUAGUCGGGAAGGACGAGACAACAACUUGUAGUCGGGAAGGACAAGACAACAACUAACAUCUUCAAUCUAGUCGGGAGGGACAACACAACAACCAACAGCUUCAAGGUACUAGUCGGGAGGGACAAAACAAAAAUUUCUAGUCGGGAAGGACGAAACAACAGCAACAUCUUCGAUUUAGUCGGGAAGGACAAGACAACAACUUCUGGUGGGGAAGGACAGCACAACAGUGUCUCUGCGGGAAGGACGAGACAACACUUUUUAGUCGGGAAGAAAAAAAAAACUUCUAGUCGGGAAGGAAAAAGCAAAUAUACACUCGAGUCGGCAGCAACUCUAUACUAUUUGCCGUUUUUGUCAACAAGAUCAGAAACCAGACGCAUCUUCAUCCCAGUCGAGAAGCAAGGAGGAGGCGAUCAUGCUGGUUAACGCUUUUCCCAAAAUGUUAUGGAUUUGGGUUUGUUGAUCUUGAUAGUAGAAAGCUUCCUGUGAAUAGUACUAGUGGUCCAACUUCAAAUGGGUUCGCGUGGUCCUAGAAAUACAACUUGGGCACAGCAAGAAAUCCGAUUCAGUGCAACUCUAAAAUGAUUUCUCUUUUAUUCUUACUUCUAAAAGAGUAGAUUGAAAGUACGUAGUAGUUCGAGAUGAAGACGUUUGUCCUAUACUAUAUAUAUCAAGGUACUAUCAUGAUGUAUUAGACAGGUCACAAGGUCUUCUAAUUUUCGGGACUCUGCGUCUUGUCGGAUUGCUCCUGGCGUUCGUGGUGUGCGACGUGGCAUUAAGGCUCUCAAUAAUUCUAUCUCGUGAGUGAUGAACAAAGAAGCAGCUUGUAGUUGGAGGAAGUAGAUCAUCAGUAGAAAAAUUUUUUCUACUGAGUAGUAACGUCAACGAAAGUAAUGUGAACUUCUUCAAGUAGCGGUUAACCAUUUUUCCUGACUAAGGUAGUUUAUCUUUCCAACCAUGGACAAAGAUGAUGAUGAUGUAUUAGAUUAUAAGACAGCUGAUGUUGAUGAUCUAACGUCCGCUAUGGCGAAGCAAGCUGCGGAACAACUAACAAACAUCGACCCACCUGGUGAAGGUUUUACCAAGCAGGCUUCCGAACAACUCGCGAACACGUAUUCGCCUGCCGAAGGAGUUAAGGCUUUAUUUUCUGAAGAGUUUAUAAUUAGAUUGGUGAUGAAUAUCAUAAUCAUACAUAGUAUGUAUGAAGAUAGAGGUUCUUCUUGUUGUGGGUCAUCAAGAGCAUGACCCUUUGUUGAAUUCAACGGGUGACUCAGACUUAUAUGAGUGCAAGAGUGUCUCUGUGGAAGUGGAUACUUGCUCUGCUAAUUUUAAUUUUUACUUUUCGGUCAACAGAUUUAGAUCUCAGAUGAAGUAGAUUCUUCUUCUUCCAGAGCAGCAUCAAUCCAUCUCCUUGCGCAGACGUUCUAUUUUCAUCGUGGUGCUUUAUGUGAGGUUGGGACUUCGUUUAGUCAGACCGGACUUGUACCUUUCUAGAAAUUGGUUCUAGAAUUUCCACUAUGCAUGUAAGUAUAGUUAUCUACUGUGGUCUUGUAUCACUUAGACUGUCUACUAUGAUUAGCUGUUCGUGUAUCAUUCUAAUGUCACUGCUUCGUCGUACGCGGAAACGCAGCAUCCUCGAAGCAGUCCAGGCAUGCAAGGACUCGCAGUUUUAUGGCUGAGAAAGGAUCACUAGACAUGAUCUUCUGAAACAAGCACAGCACUAGUACUACGACAACUACAAAAGCUUGUUCGUAUUUACUAGUAGUCGUUUCUUCUACAGUUGUGUAACUGAGUUUUAUUUAAGGUUCUUGACUGAGCUGUAGAAGCGACCUUGUCUCCAUUUGACAACAUGGACCACGAGGUCACGUGACAUGACGUAGAAACUGUGUAGUUUCCAUAAUUGAAUUGUGAAUGAUACUUUUAUUUUUGACCACAAGCUCUAACAUUCGAGGUCGUUACAGUUUGCUGUGGAGAGGAAGGGGCGAACCCUGAGGACGAGAGAACUUCGCAGCAAACGGCGAUGCCGGAUGUCUCGGCGUCUCCGGUGUCGGCAUCUCCAGUGGCGCCGGCUCCGGUGUGGAAGCCUACUCCUGUAUCGGCCGAUAAAGAUAGGCCGCAGCAAACGGCGAUGCCGGAUGUCUCGGCGUCUCCGGUUGCGGCAUCUCCAGUGGCGCCGGCUCCGGUGUCGAAGCCUACUGUAUCGGCCGAUAAAGAGGAGCAGAAAAAAGCGCUACAAGCCAUCGCGCGUAGAGUGGCUACGUUAGUGGAUGGAGGCGUGGAGGAUCCGACUACCCCUGCAGAAGACAUUCAAAGUGCUGGUCAGGGCUUGUUGGCUGAGUUGAACGCUCUGCAGGUAGCCGAUGGUGCUCAGGCUUUGGAGAAGACGCAGCUGAAGGAGCAAGUCGAAAAAGCACUCAAGGAUCUUCACGCUAAAGUGGUGCAGAAUGCCAAAGUCGUGGAGCUCACAACCGCACUCCAGAAUAGCCAGGAAGUCUCCUUUACAGGAGAGCGCACUGAGGUCCAGCACCAUGUUGAGACGAGCGUGAAUCUUCUCAAGGAGGGCAGCGAGUUGAUCAAGACGUUGGAGAGGCAGAGGGAUGUUGACCUGAGCGACGGCACCAUCGCAGCGGAGCGCGAUACCUCGUUGGACCAGAAGAUCAAGGACCUGCGAUCAGCUGUGCACCUAGCAGCAUGGGGUCUGACGAAUAGAGCAAAAACGGAAGUUGAUAAGGCGGAAUGGGCUCUGGGCAUGGCUGACACCAUGGUUCAGAAAUUCGAGCCACCUAAGGAAGUCGACGAAGAUCAACCUUACAGACCCGAGUCGAAGUUAGCACAAGCUGAGAUGCUUUACGACACCCUCUCCGAUCUUGCAGCCGAGUUCAUCUCACCUGCGCAGAACGAGCAGGUGCCGGCGGUGGAGGGCACGGCGUUUUUAGAGACCAGAGAAGGCACAGGACUGAAGCGCACGGAAGCUGGGACUGCCGCUGGCCACCGUGCAAGGAAAGGUGUACCACCCAAUUUUGACGGUCCGCAAGGGGUUGUGCGAAUGAUUGCGGCUGCGCUGCAGAAGAUAGACCCUGACUCUGCUGAUGCAAAGACGCUGUUCCAGAACGCUAACAGCCUGCAGAUGCGUCUCCCGAUUGCGAAGGCGAGCCUGGAGGUUCUGCUUGCGGAGGUGUACUACAUAAGAUUGCCAGAGGUGCCUCAUAAUUUCAGCGGACAACUGCCGUUUGUGUCAGCGGGGGUCAAAGAGCUGAGAGUCAAUGUCAAGGGGACAGUGAACAACGCCAAAACACAGCUCGACACGAAGUGGAACGAAGCGAGGAAGCUUGUGAAAACGCACUGCAGAGACGCUAGCGCUUCUGAUGCAGCUCCCGAGAGUACCGCUGUUUUUCCGUCAUGCGCUGAAGCAAAAGAUGUGGCCACGAAGGCUGCAUGGGGACUCGCGUUGAUCAUCAGACACGAGGUCAAAACGUACGAGGCUGAAUUAUCCGUUAAGGCCUCACUUAAUCCAUCUUUUGCUCCAUCUAUGUAUGAGCUGCCUUCAAGUAGAAAAAGGAAAACAAGGGUGAAGAGGUGGAUUGUAGUGAGUUCUAAUUUGGAUGGCAACUUCAACGACGAGACUGCCCUCACAAGCAUGUUUUCCAUGUUUGACAAAGCUAGCGACGAAUGUGAGGCUUUGACGAGCGGGAUUGGCACAGAGAUCGGCGCAGAAGGUGCGACUAUUGGCAAUCUACGGAGCCGCGUCCAAGUAGUACUGAAGCGAGCCAGCCAGAUAUUGCAGGGACGCGACAUGCUGCGUUUCCUGUUUGGCGCUAAGGGAAUGCUCACGACCCUGAAUGACGCUGGGGAAGAGGACAGACGUCGCAUAUGUAUGGCUAAGCUGAUUUGAGUGACUCGGUAGUACAGGAACAUGUUCGGUCUUCGCUUUCACUUGGGGGCUGCGCAUCCUACACGCGGCACUACCUCUUCUCGGUAGUGAUUCGCAUUCGCAUUGUCAUGCGCGCCCUUCUCUUUCUCUUCUCUUCUCUUUUACCCACCCUUCCCGCCCUUGCUUCAGCUCCUGCCUAGAACUCAUGGCGGGCCUGUAGCAGGCACCCGAGUUUCAUCUCGGCACACUUUCGCAAUCGUUUCGCUUCGCUUCUCCCUUCUCUCUAUCAUGUUCCUGUUUCUGUCCCUUUCGCCGCCUAUGCUCGCGGCUCUGUUGCGGUCCCUAUGCAUUUCUCACGAUCUUCUACUCCUGUCGUGUAUAGGUGUUCCUUCAUGCAAUGAAGUCCGCGGGCUAGUACGGAGUACCCGUGACCGUAGGCAAAGUAAGACUCACUCAAAUCGUGUUCCUUCAUCUUACCAGGCAAACAAACCCUAACCGACGGAAGCUUCGCCUUUAAACUCGAAACGCUGGAGUUUAGUAAGGUCGCGAAGGAGGUUUGUCUUUCACGCACGGAUAAGCUGAUGAAGAAGUUGUGCGAUUUUGCUCAACAGCAAAAAGACAAGUUGCGCGACGAAGUCAACGCGAUCAUGGAGAAGAAGACUACGGAGAACUGCAACAGCGUCAGCGCCAUCGAAAAAAAGGCGCAAGGUGAGCCACCCGGUCAAGAUGUAUGCCUCAUCAAAGAUGCCAACGGAAAAACCAUUGGCCAGAUAGCUGACACGCUCAAGGAGAUAAUGGACGCGUGGAGCCGCUGUACCCACCUACUUCGGGACAGUGACCAGGACCCGGGUCUGGGGGAGCAGCAAUUGCAGCCUGUGAGACAUCUACUCGAGAAAUGCACGCUCGCUGCUGCGUCCCAGUCUCUGAAGGAGGGGGAAGAGGCCGUGAGGAAUGCAGAACAACAGACCGAUAGCACUGGAACUCGGGAACAACAAGAAAACGCGAUCGCGGCGAAGCGUGCAGAACUCAAGAGGGUCUACUAUCCAGAUCUGACGGAACAGGGACUAGCAGGUGUUGCAGCUUCCCUGAGAAUGACGGAUGAGACCAAACAAGAGAUAAAGAAAAUGCGGGAAACGCAGGCGUCUCUCAGAACUCAGAUUUCCGACAUCUUACUACAAAUAGAUGCGUUACCAGCGUUGGCGGCAGCACAGGCACAGGACCCGCAGCAGCAGCAUAAAGCGGAUGCUGCAUCUGCAUUCCUCGACGCUUCCCGCCCUUCUCGCUUCGUAGACGUGAACAACGCUCGCCGGACACUGUCAAGUGCAGACCAGAUCAUCGAGAAUGACACCACUGGCCACGAGGUUCCUUACACUCUUGUGACUACAGAAGGGACAUUCUACUUACUGACUUGUGUUGGCAGUAGAAAGAUACCUGUCACAGAACGUGUCUUUAUCUAUAAUGUUGACUCUCCCGACUUCAAGUAUUGACUUAACGGGCUCCGUUCUGUGUGGUCUGCUCUUUUCUCUCCAUCUCUGUAAUGCAUAAUGGUGAAAAAAUACACCACCAGGUAUCUUUGAAGAGCGCAAAUCACGUUGUGGAAGGGCACGCUAAUAAUGGCGAGGGGCUGCAAGAUCAUGACAACGCCUUCGAGUUCGAUUCGUCGCACGUGAUAGUAUAAACAGAAACAUAAAGUACUUUUUCUCUUUAGUUUAGCUUCUCAUACAAGAUCGUUAGAGUCAACACACGCUGUUCGCACACAGGAACUAGGGUUGUUACACUCCAUGAAUCGUGGCGUGCAUGUCGCGAUCGCGAAUGCCACGUAUCACAACAAGACAAGGAAUACAGCAAGUGCUUGUACGUAAGUAGCCUUGUACGUAAGUAGAAUUCUAGGACUUCAUGUUCGUGAUAUUUCUCUUUCAUCUUAGGAAUUACGAUGAAUCAAUCUGUAUCCGAUGAAUAUUCCAGGCUGAUCUCGUGCAGGGGAUGGGCAUUGUCAUGGUGUAA